AUGUCUGCCGUUUCACGCAUCGUGCGCUCUGCGCGUGUCAUCCGCCCCCGCGUCGCCAUCCAGGCUCGCGCGCUCUCGACCUCGGUCCGCCCCGUCGCCCGUGUCGCGCGCGUUGCCGGCCCCGCCGCGCUCCCCGCCCAGCGCCGGUGGGAGUCUACUGAGGCCCCGGCCUCCACUGAGCCCGUCAAGCUCGGCUACAAGCUCUCUGACAAUGACAAGAAGAAGCUCGCCCGUCAGAGGAACAUUGGUAUCUCGGCGCACAUUGACUCCGGCAAGACGACUCUGACCGAGCGUGUGCUGUACUACACUGGCCGUAUCCGUGACAUCCACGAGGUUCGUGGCCGCGACAAUGUCGGUGCCAAGAUGGACUCGAUGGACCUCGAGCGCGAGAAGGGUAUCACGAUCCAGUCUGCCGCCACGUUCGCGGACUGGAUGUCUCUCCCGCCGCCGGACGAGCGCACCGAGGGCUCCCCCGCCGAGAAGGAGAAGUACAGCAUGAACAUCAUCGACACCCCGGGACACGUCGACUUCACGAUCGAGGUCGAGCGUGCGCUCCGUGUCCUUGACGGUGCUGUUCUUGUGCUCUGCUCCGUCUCCGGUGUCCAGUCGCAGACCAUCACGGUCGACCGCCAGAUGCGCCGCUACAACGUCCCCCGUGUUGCUUUCAUCAACAAGAUGGACCGUGCCGGUGCCAACCCGUUCCGUGUCAUCGACCAGCUCCGCACCAAGCUCAAGAUGAACGCUGCUGCUGUCCAGAUCCCGAUGGGCGCCGAGAGCGAUUUUGCCGGUGUCAUUGACAUUAUCCACAUGAAGGCGCUCUACAACGAGGGUGUCAAGGGUAACGUCAUUGUCGAGAAGGAGGUUCCCGAGGAGUUCAAGGAGUUUGCCGAGGAGAAGCGCGCCGAGCUGAUCGAGCACCUUUCCGAGGCGGACGACACGCUGUGCGACAAGUUCCUGAACGAGGAGCCCAUCUCGGUGCUGGACAUCGAGCAGGCUAUGCGCCGCGCGACCGUUGGACUCAAGUUCAUCCCCGUCUUCAUGGGCUCUGCCAUCAAGAACACUGGUGUCCAGCACAUGCUCGACGGUGUGUGCCAGUACCUCCCCGCGCCCGACGAGGUCAAGGCGAUCGCCCUCGACACUGAGAAGGCUGACGCCCCCGUCGAGCUCGUUCCGGCCGGCAACGCGCCUCUCGUCGGUCUCGCGUUCAAGCUUGAGGAAGGCCGUUUCGGCCAGCUCACGUACAUGCGCGUGUACCAGGGUGAGCUGCGCAAGGGCGGCGUCAUCUACAACGCGCGCACGGGCAAGAAGGUCAAGGUCCCCCGUCUUGUGCGCAUGCACGCCGAUGAGAUGGAGGACGUCGACAGCAUUGCCGCCGGCGAGAUCUGCGCCAUGUUCGGCGUCGAUUGCUCUUCGGGCGACACGUUCACGGACGGCAACUCGACCUACUCGAUGACGUCCAUGUUCGUCCCCGAGCCCGUUAUCUCGCUCUCGAUCCGCCCCGAGGGCACCGAGAGCGCCAACUUCUCGCGCGCCCUCGCCCGUUUCCAGCGUGAGGACCCGACGUUCCGCGUCCACGUCGACGACGAGUCGGGAGAGACCAUUAUCUCGGGCAUGGGCGAGCUGCACCUCGACAUCUAUGUCGAGCGCAUGAAGCGCGAGUACAACACGGUGUGCGUCACGGGCAAGCCGCGCGUCGCGUUCCGUGAGACCAUCACGCAGCCUGCCAAGUUCGAGUACACGCACAAGAAGCAGACGGGUGGUGCCGGUCAGUUCGGUCGAGUCAAGGGCUACCUCGAGCCGAUGGAGCUCGACGAGGAGACGGGCAAGGACACGGACUUUGUCAACCAGGUGAUUGGAGGCAACAUUCCUGCGGCCUACAUCCCCGCCAUCGAGAAGGGAUUCGAGGAGGCCAUGUCGCGCGGUUUCCUGACGGGACACCAGAUCCAGGGUGUCCGCAUGGUGCUCGAGGACGGACAGGCGCACGCCGUCGACUCGAGCGAGCUUGCGUUCCGACAGGCCGCGAUCGGCGCCUUCAAGGAGGCCAUGGCCAAGGCCGCGCCCAUCAUCAAGGAGCCCGUCAUGGCCGUCGAGGUCAUUGCCCCCGUCGAGUUCCAGGGCGCCGUCAUCGGCUCCGUCAACCAGCGCCGCGGCACCAUUCUCGACUCGGAGGUCCGCGACGACGAGUUCACCCUCCAGGCCGAGGUUGCGCUCAACGACAUGUUCGGCUACAGCUCCCAGCUCCGCGGCAUGACCCAGGGCAAGGGAGAGUUCUCCAUGGAGUUCAAGAACUACGCCCCCGUCCUCCCCAACGUCCAGAAGGAGAUGGUCGAGGCUUACCGCAAGAAGCAGCUCUCUAAGAAGUAA